AUGUUCUGCUCAUCGAAGAUACAGUCCCCUUCCUCCAAGAUUUUUCAAGGCAAAAUCACCCGCGGUAGCUCAUUACCUAGCCUGCCGCCACUGGUAUCUUCAGUGCGCGAGCAAGCCCGUCAAGACAUGCAAACGCAGAAGCCCGCAAGCAACUUCAACCAGAAACAGGAAUAUACCCUGAAACCCUCGAGCCCUGUUCCGAAUCGCCCCGCACCCUCCACUCGCCCCUGCCUGCCACUCCCGAACCUUCCUUCACUCGACCCCUCCGGCACCCGCUCAACCGUCCAAAAUCUAAUCAAUCUCGAUAUCGCCUGCAAUAUAUUCGAGUCCUCUGAACACGCACAAGCGGUAUCUCCACCCCAGAAGAAACCCAUUCCACCUCCGAACACAAUCUGGUCCUAA